GCUUGUUGGAGUUUAGACAAGCGGAGGGAGUAAAAUGGCGGACGAGGAUAUUACGCUUGAUGGGAAGCCUCUACACUCGCUUCGAGUUGCGGAUUUGAAAGCCGCUUUGGAGCAGAGAAACCUGCCUAAAAGCGGACAGAAAAACACGCUAAUUAAGCGACUCAAAGGGGCUCUCAUGUUAGAGAAUCUCCAGAAAUCCUCCACUUCAACCGGUGGAUUGCAACCAAACUCUCAGAUUGGUGAAGAGAUGUGCCAGAACAGCUUCAUUAAGCAGUAUCUGGCCAAACAGCAGGAACUCCUUCGUCAAAGACUGGAAAAAGAGGCUCAGCAGGAAGUGGAUACUGAUGAAAGCCCAGGUGGAGCAGAGGAGGAUGAAGAUCACUCUGAAGACAAUGACAGUUCCAUCUGCGCCUCUGAGAAGCAUCCAACCAUACUGUCCCAGCGCUUAGCCGCCAAGGCUACGGAAGAAGAGGCUUUGAAAAUAGGUCAUGGCUUUAGUCAUGCUUUGCAUCAGCAGGGGUCCCACGAGGCUCCAGGGAGCAGGAUGCACCGUGCAAACUUUCAACAAGGGCCUAAGGAACUCCCCUCUCCUUCUCGCGCUGUCGCUUCACUGUCAGUGCGUGUCCUGGGACAGCCUGACUGCCAGGGAGCAGGUCGACCCCAGGAGAAGGAGGACGCUGCACCAGCCGAGCCUGGAUCUGCCCGUCCAAAUCCCCACCUCAGUCGGUCUGCCAGGAUUUCAACAGGCAAUCGUGUCUAUGAUGACGGUAACGAGGACGACGAGGAUGAUGAUGAUGAGAGUGAUAAUGAUGACGACUGGGGGCCUUCUCCUAGUGGGGCACAAAGGGGGAAGAAAGUAGUUCCUCCAGUGGCCCAGAUGGCCCCCAGUGUUCCAUUAGUGGCUGCAAGAUCCAAACGCAAGCUUCAGCCUCCACAGCACAUCCCACCUCCACAGGUGCACCACAGCCCCAUGCAGCUGCGCCACCCGACUCCUCCCCCGUCUCCACCCCCUAAUCUGUUCCCCUUACCUGACACUCCCAAACAAAGCCCUCCAGACACAGACCACGAGGAAGGAGAGGAUUCUCAAGCUGCACACAGCAAGGGGGCCAUGUCUCUCCCAAAUAUCGCCGCGCAGACGCAGGAUUCCGACUCAAGCUCUCGAUCAAGCAGCCCCGAACCCUCAGCGAAGCGCAGACCCGGACCUCUCUCCCUGCUCGUGCAAAAGAUGGAGACAGAGGAGGCUGGCUCAGCCACUGCCGUGUCAGAGGAGGCUACACACUCCAGGGAAUCCCCACGGCAGGAGUCUCCAACAAAGAGGAAGCAAGGAGGGAAACAGAAGGGAGAAAGACACCAACAGGAAGAGGAAGAGAAACCACCACAGGAGCUCGACAGCAAAAGCAAGAAAACACAAGAACCAGAGGCAGAAUCAUCUAAAGAAGAGAAGAAGGAAAGUGACAGAAAACUGCCAGAGGAGGAGAAAAGGGGAGAGAAGAAACAGGACAAAGAAGCCAUUAAAGACAAAGUGGUUGUGAUUGAAGCACAAGACACUGGGUCCUCCUCAGAGUCUGACUCCAAAUCUGAUUCCUCCUCGUCAUCCUCCUCGUCCCCCUCCUGGGAAAAAACGAAACUUCCCAGUCAGUUUAAGAAGAGAGACCAACAAGAAGACAGAGAUGAGGAGACAAAAACAAUUUUAAAGAAAGAGAAACAUUUCCCUCCAAAAAGAGAGGUGUCCGAACCCAGCACAGCUGCAAUUACAGAGGUGGAACCAGAUUCGGAGAGUCCCACACCCCAGCAGCCAGCCUCUGGGGCUGAACCAGAGAGUAAUGAGAGCCGCCUGGAGGAGGGCAACACUCCGAAGGCUUUUGCUGCUCGCAAGAUAUCCCUGUCCAGCAGCAAGUCAUCCCCAGCAAACGCAGAAGGAGGUGCAGGAGAUUCUGACACAGGGGGUGCAGCAGGGAGGAAGAGGCGGUGGGGCUCCAGCACGGCUGUCACAGCGAAGAAACCAUCAAUCAGCAUAACCACCGACUCUCUGAAGUCUCUGAUUCCUGACAUUAAAGUGAAUCAAGAUGUAGUUGUGGAUCUUCACCCAGAUGAGCUGCAGUUAUCAGGGGAUGAGGAAAAUGUGGACACGAGCCGAGGUGACCCAGACAACGGCCUCAAGAUCCGCCGCACGGUUACACAGGUUAUACCAAAUGACCAACAGGAAAACGGACAGACAAAUGAGGAAGAGGAAGAGGUGGAGAAAAAAGAGAGGGAAAUCCAACGCAGACCUUCCAGAGAGACGAGAGAAAACAGUCAUUCUGAGGAAGCGGCAGAAACUCUGAUAUCUGUGAACCUCGAAGAAGAAACGAAAAAAGUUACUCCUAGCGAUAAUCUGGUGCGCCGUUCCAUUAGUCAGCAGAAGUCUGGCGUCUCUGUGACAAUCGACGAUCCUGUUCGCACAGCGAAGCAACCCUCACCUCCUCGAGGGAAAGUGUCAAACAUCGUCCAUGUCACAAACUUAGUUCGACCCUUCACCCUGCUCCAGCUGAAAGAGCUGCUGAACCGGACAGGCACCAUGGUGGAAGAGGGCUUCUGGAUUGACAAGAUAAAGUCUCACUGCUAUGUCACAUACUCUGCAACCGAAGAGGCAGUCGCAACCAGAGAGGCGCUACAUGGGGUCAAGUGGCCUCCAAGUAACCCCAAGGUCCUUCGGGUGGACUUCUGUGAGCAGGACGAGCUGGACUUUCACAAAGGUGUUGUGAAGCCAGAAAAGGUGGAGGAGCCCGUCAUCCAGCCGGUUGCACCUCCGACCAAGCCGCCGCCCCUGAUGCCCGAGCACGCCAGGGAGCGUGACAGGGACAAAGAGCGGGAGCGCGAGCGGGACCGAGGGGUGCGGGAUAUCUGGGCGGAGCGGCAGAGGGAGAUGGAGCGCCGGGAAAGGGCGCGAGGCGAGCGGGAAUGGGACCGCGACAAAAUCCGGGAAUUUGCAAGACCAGGCGAGGAGGGGAGACGAUCGAGAUCCCGAGAUAGAGAAAGGAGGAGAAGAGAAAGAGCCAAGAGCAAAGAGAGGAAGUCUGAGAAGAAGGAUAAAGCAGAUGAACCUCCAGCUAAAAUGCUCGACGACUUGUUCCUCAAGACCAAAGCGGCUCCAUGUAUAUACUGGCUCCCCCUGACUGAGGAGCAGGCAGCGCAGCGGCUUUUAGAUCGCACAGAGCGGCAGAAGGAGCGCGAGCGAAAGCGCAAGGAGAUGGAGGAGGCGGAGGACAAGAAGCGCGAAGAGGAGAAAAAGGAGAGGCUGAAAAGCCGGGAGAAGGACGGCAGCGCCGCCGCCAGUGCCGGGACAGCCAAGCGAGCAGCCGAAGGGGAGCGCGUCCGAGACAAAGAGGGCGAAAAGCGCCGGGAUAGCAGCCACCGGUCCAGACGGCCUUCCCCAGGGCCUGGCAGUGGACGCCGGUCACGUAGUCGUAGCAACCCCAGGGACAGACGCCGCUGAGGGGGCGGAACCUGCAGGAAACGCUGAAGAAAGAUGGGGGGCCUCUAAAGGGAGGGGUUUCUAAUCAUUUGACGCCUCCAACACGCCCUGCUCUGCUUUCAUCUGUCCGCUGUAAUGCCAGCAUCGUCUUCCACACACUUCUGUCAUUUCCCCGCCUCUUUAAUGUCCACAAAAAGUGACAGGAUCUUUAAUUUAUCGGGUAAUGUUGGUCCCUCUAGCUCCUUUCCAAAUUUUUUUAAGUGAAAUCCUUUCUUCUGUGGACCCAUGUUCCUCAGUCUGUAAUGCUGGUAAUUGUUCUCCAUUGAAGUAGCUGAGGGUAGUAGUUUCCUGCCUGCAGUUUUUCCCGUUUUGUUCCACCGAGGUUUGGUCUGAGGCCACUUAAUUUUAGUUCUGUGGCUCCGCAGUUCCUUCUUCCUCUCCUGCCCUGUAAUAAAAGCAGUCCAAAAUAGAUCGUCGACCAUGACCUCGCAUCAUUUCAAGGAUCUGUUUCAGCGUUGCCAUUUCCAGCACCACGACUUUUAUACCAACAUCCAAAUUGAACAGAAAUCCUCAGUCAAAGCGAGCGUUCACUGUAUUUUUUUAUGGAAGGGGGAAACGUCCCUUGUGGCAGGAGGUGAGUAAAACCUCAUCACGGUCCAACACUUAAGUUAAAAAACAACGUUUGUGUCACCGCUGGCUGAUGUUUUCUCAAACAGGACGGGAAAUUCUGAAGUAGCUGCGAGAAGCUAACCUCCUCUGCACUGAGGUUUCCUUUUGGAAACGCCUCCCCCCAAAACUAAAAGUAGAGUAGAAAAUGGAUCUCAUAGAGUAACGGUUGCGAUUUUACUAUUUUUCUUUUAUUUUUAGUUGACAAGUUUGAUGUUUUUCUUCCCUCCAAGAAGUGCUGAAUGUACCAAGAAUAUAAGAAAUUAAUAAAUUGGUUUAUCACAA